AUGACGCCCGAGGAAUCGAUUACCCUCAUCAAUGCCAAUCUGGCAGAAGUCUUGAACCCCGAAAUCAUCGACAAUGUGAUCCUCAGAAAAGGACGACCUCUCCGUGUCUACUGGGGAACUGCCCCAACUGGAAAACCCCACUGCGGCUACUUCGUACCUAUGGUAAAGAUCGCAGAGCUCCUCCACGCAGGGUGCCACGUCAAGAUCCUCCUCGCCGACAAGCACGCACACAUGGAUAGCCAAGCACCUCCUGAUGUGAUCAAACACAGAUUCGACUACUACAAACUUCUCAUCCAGAGCUCCCUCAAAGCCAUUGGCGUGGACGCCUCUCAGCUCGAAUUUGUAGUGGGGAGCUCAUUCCAGGAGACCAGGGAAUACGAGGCCCGCCGAUUUCAAUUCUCGAAUAACGUCACCGUGUCGCAACUGAUAAAGGCCGGUUCAGAAGUCGUCAAGCAAAGCAAGAAUCCGACACUCGGUAAUGUGGAGUACCCCAUCUGGCAGAGCCUCGACGAAGAGUACCUUAAUGUCGAUGCAGAACUGGGCGGGGUAGAUCAACGAAAGCUAUUCACUUUUGCGAUCGAUCAUAUGCCAAAACUUGGAUACAAAGUACGAGCAUACUUGAUGAACGCCAUGGUCCCAGGUCUUGGAGAGGCACAGAAGAUGAGUUCAAGCGAGCCAAACUCCAAGAUAAACAUUCUUGAUACCCCAGAAGAAGUCACAAAAAAGCUCAGAAAAGCCGUAUGCGCGCCGGGGGAAAUUGAAGGGAACGGCGUCAUUGCGUUCGUAGAACAUGUCAUUUUCCGCGUCGAGUCACUGAAGGCUGGUGACAAGCCAAGGUUUAUUGUCGAAACACGAGAAGGCGAGAUUUUGGUUUACGAAGACAUUUCCAAGCUCAAAGAGGAUUACGCCAGCGAUAUUCUCACACCGCAGAUGAUCAAACCCGCGCUGAUGAAAGCACUCAAUGAGCUUCUGGAGCCAAUUCGCAAAGACUUCGAGGCAGAUGAAGAAUGGAAACGUAUUGCCAAUCUGGCGUACCCGGUUGAAGAAAAGCCUGAGAGAGGGAACAAGGUGAAAAACAACGGCAAGAGAUCUAAAUAG